AUGUUGGUCUUAAUCCUUUUUGUGGUAAUACUAUUCUUACUUCUCUGGAAAUGGCUCGACAUCCGGUCAAUAAAUGAGAUCAAUAACGUUACUCGUCUUCUGUCAGCCGGUAAUAACCAACACGUCUUAUCGAAUCUUUUUCAGGUUGACGAGAGUUCCAAAAGACAUGGUGGCGAGCUUGUCGCUUCCGUUCUCAAGUCCCACGAUGUUAAAGAGAUCUUCGUUUUGUGUGGUGGUCAUAUAUCGCCGAUUCUUGUAGCUGCUGAGAAACUUGGUAUCAAAAUCAUUGAUACGCGUCAUGAGGUCACAGCCGUUUUCGCAGCUGAUGCCGUUGCACGUCUACGUCAAUCCAUAGGCGUUGCUGCCGUGACUGCCGGUCCCGGUCUAACUAAUACUAUCACUGCUGUGAAGAAUGCGCAGAUGGCGGAAAGCCCUUUGCUACUUAUUGGUGGUGCUGCUCCAACAUUACUCAAAGGUCGUGGUGCGUUACAGGACAUUGAUCAACUCGUUCUAUUCCGUCCACUCUGCAAGUUUGCUGCCCGUGUUGUACGUCUUCGUGACAUUGUGCCAACACUUCGAGAAGCUAUAAAGGCAGCCACUUCUGGAUGCCCUGGACCUGUUUUUGUUGAGUUUCCGGUAGACGUACUCUAUCCUUACCAACUUGUCGUCAAGGAAAUCGGCUUCAAUCCUAAAGCAAAUGAAUUUGUACAGAAAGCUCUGAAUUUCUACCUGAGAUGUCACGUGUCUCGGCAGUUCAGUGCUGCUUGGCAGCCACAGGACAUCACUCCUUUACCAACACAAAUUCCUACGGCUACAUCCGAAGAGGUGGAAAAGAUCGUGCAGCUUAUAAGCUCGGCGAAGAAACCACUAUUGUUGAUAGGAAGUCAGGCUAUGCUUCCACCGGUAUCUCCUAAGGAGUUAGUGAAAGCUGUUGAGAUGCUGGGCAUUCCUGUAUAUCUUGGAGGGAUGGCGCGUGGUCUUUUGGGUAAGGAAAAUCGUCUUCAAAUGCGUCAAAACCGAAAGGAUGCUUUAAAGGACGCUGAUCUUACUAUUCUGGCAGGAACUGUGUGCGACUUUCGUCUAUCAUAUGGACGUGUGCUGUCGAAAAAAUCCAAGAUUGUAUGCAUCAAUAGGAAUCGAAGCCAGCUGACCAAGAAUGAGGGGACAUUCUGGAACGCUGACGUCUCAGUACAAGCUGAUGUCGGUUCUACCCUUGUUCAGAUUGCCAAUCGCAUCGAAAAGGCUGCUCAUAAGGUAUCACCUGAAUGGAUAGAAGAGCUGAGAACUAGAGAAGAUGACAAGGAGGCCAAAAAUGCUGCGAAAUCGACAGAAGAGUUGACACACGGAUUCGUCAAUCCACUGAAUUUCCUCGUUCGACUAGAUAAGAAACUACCUGAUGAUGCCAUCUUGGUGGCAGAUGGAGGUGACUUCGUUGGAUCAGCGGCAUACAUUGUUCGACCACGUGGACCGUUGCAGUGGCUUGAUCCUGGAGCGUUUGGUACACUUGGUGUGGGUGGUGGAUUCGCGCUGGGAGCUAAGGUAGUGCAUCCUGAUCGUCCAGUGUACAUCUUGUGGGGAGAUGGAUCAUCUGGAUAUUCUAUUAUGGAGUAUGAUACGUUUGCUCGCCAUAAGCUUCCCGUAAUUGGUGUUAUUGGUAACGAUGCGUGCUGGACUCAGAUUGCUCGCGAGCAAAUUCCUAUGUUCGACAGCAGUGUGGCUGUUGAUCUAGCGGUGAGGCUUGUCACUUGUCAACUCUUGUGGUGGGCAGUUGUAAGCUGA